CACCACCCCUCGUUUCCUUUUCCCUCUCUGCAGAUGCUUUCUAUGCUUUAAUCGAUCUGCAGUGUGGUCUGAGAUGACGACCCUCUUCUAUCGAUAUCUUCACACAGUUUCAUCCUCACCACCUUCCAAAUCCGCCAUUAUAACCUACCUCACACAAACCCUAGGCUUUCCAAAACCCAGAGCCGUAUUCUACGUCAAUCGAUUUUCAUCCACCCAAACAAACCCUCAAUCCGUCAUCCUCUUCUUAAAAUCUCACGGAUUCAACCUCACAGAUAUCCACAAAUGGGUAACCCAAUCGCCCCAGAUCCUCUUUUCAGACGUUGAGAAAACCCUCAAACCAAACAUUCAUUUUUUUCAAGAUUUAGGGCUCACCGGUUCAGCUUUGGGUAAGUUCAUUUCCAAAAAACCGGUUUAUUUAUCCAACAGAUUUGAAGAAAGAUUAAAACCCUGUGUGGAUAUUGUAAAAAGAUUGAUGCUUGAUGAUCGUAACAAUGAGAAUUUGAUUAGAACUUUGAGAAGGUGCAAUUGGGCUAAUGUAAACCAACCUGUAGUUAAAGUGGCUGCUAAUGUUAAGUAUUUGGAACAAUGUGGGAUUGUUGGUGCACAGCUUGCUACACUUAUAACAAGGCAACCUAGGUUGUUGAUUAUGAGUGAAUCAGAUCUUAAAGAGCUUGUAUCCAAGGUGUUGGAUAUGGGGUUUUCGAUUGAUAAUCGGAUGUUGGUUCAUGCUAUUUUUACUUGUACAUGUUUGAGUGAUCAGACAUUUGAAAGAAAGUUGGAAUUGUUUCGGUCGUAUGGGUUCACCAAGGAUGAGUUUUUGAGUAUGUUUAAGAAGGCGCCUGGGUUGCUUAGGGUGUCGGAAGCGAAACUGAAAACUGGGAUUGGUUUCUUUCUGGAUACGGUUAAGUUUGAAAGGGAAGUGUUGGUUCGUCGGCCUGCGUGUUUGAUGUAUAGUUUGGAGGAAAGAGUGAUUCCUCGGUUUAAGGUUUUGAAUAUCCUGAUGUCGAAAAGGAUUUUGAAGAAAAUGCCGAGUUUUCUUAAUGUGAUGCGGUUGCCUGAAGAUGAGUUUUUGGAGAAAUUUAUAUCGAAAGACAGAAAUCAUGCUGAGGAGUUGUUGUUGGCUUACAAGAGUGGCGAUUUGCUUUUGCAGAGUGACAAAAAACAAAUCCGGAGCUCAUAAUAUUUGGUGUUCGGCCGCUGUUUUUGGAAGGGUUUUAUCCUACAAAUGGAGAGCUUCAUUCAUUUUGGGUCUUUGCUAACCCCUUUUGUUAUAACUUAUAUAGAUUCAGAUCAGUUUUCUUCUUGAAGUAUCAAUGAAUCAACUUUAAACACAAAUGGUAUUUGUGGAUUUAGUUUGUAGUGUUUGUUCUUUUUA